AUGGUUUUUUAUGAAGAAGAGGAAGACUUUCCUGAUCAUAUGCUCAUGUCCAUGAAACAAUUCAAAAUACCGAAUAAAAAGUUGAAUUCAAUUAUUCAGUCUCAAGCAGUCAUGGGGGGAGGAAGUUCAGUGUUCAGUUUCGAAAUUGAUGGAUUGAUGAAGGCUUGUGAGGCACGAAUGGUGAGCAGGAUGUCUGAUAUGAUUAAAGACUUAGAGUCCAGAAUCUUAGAGAAGGUUGAUCAAAAUGAUCAAAACACUGAGUUGAGGAUAACAUCUUUCAAUUCCAAAUAUGUGGGAGUUGUGAAAGAGUUAACGAAUGUUCAAAUGAAAGGACACACACUAUUUGUUAUGGAUGUGAAGAAAGUGAGUGACGAUGUUAAUUUGAAGCUUCAAGAGCUUCAUGAUGACAUGGUUCGUGAAGUUGGAGUUGUUCAGAAUGAUUGUGCUACUCUGCAUAAGAAUGUUGAUAUCAUUUGUGAUGCUGUCACGAAGUAUGUUACGUUGUCUGAAAGCUUGAGUCCUCAAAUUACUCAACUUUCUACAACUACCAAUCAAAAAUUUGGGGGGGGGGGGGGUUAUCUCGAUGCUCAAAGAUCUAAAGGAGUCGGUGCUAAAUCCUGCUACAUCUUCGAUAAUUACUCCAGAGUUUAUCUCACAAAAGUUUACACAGUUUGA